GGGAUGCAUUCAAAAGAAACAAUUUCGCACGUAUUCGUUGCAGCGAGGUCAACAAAAAGAUGAGUAGAAAUGAGGCGAAAGACGUAUAAUUAAAUCGUUGCGAAACAGCUGCAAAUAAGCGACAGAUACGCACAGUGAAAUACUCCUCGCAAUUAUCUCGCGAUUUAAGUUCUUCCCUCCUUCUUUUUUCUAUUAAGUCUACUGAUGACUGUUUACAUAUUCGUCUUCGAUAUUCAAUAACUAAUCUCUUCUUAAGCUUCCAAGUGUUAAACUAAUUUACAGUGCUAAGAUAUUACAGUAAAAGGAAACAAGAGUUCCUUCAGUGAGGCAUCAUUAACAGUUGCAUGAUAACUGAUUACUGCAUCAUCAUUGAACGUGGUUGUGUAAAUGGGAAUAACGAUACUAUGCAUGGCAAUGGUCCACGUGAUUUGCGACCUACCACCAGGCACGAGACGCAAUACGUACUUGCCACCAGAGCCAACGAAGGGCUACAAUUAUGACACACCUUCGAUACCUUUCCCCAGGCCUUCUACAACGAGACCACCCUUCUCCUCCACACAACGUUACCCUAGUCCUAAGCCGACCACAAAGUUCCCACCUAGACCAACUCCCAGCGAAGGGUAUCCACCUCCAGGUCCUAGGCCCACUCCAGAGUUCCCUGAUUAUGGCUCGUCGACCAGGCCCACAGGCAACACCAUAACACCUAGCGGACAUGAUCAUCACCAUCAUGAACCAGGCAUGCCGUUCGACUUCAACUAUGCCGUGAAGGAAGACGCAUUCGGCAACGACUACUCCCAUAACGCUAUAAGCGAUGGCGACAUCGUACGUGGGGAGUACAGAGUUCAGCUUCCAGAUGGAAGGUUACAGAUAGUUCGUUACACAGCCGACUGGAAGCACGGUUUCAGCGCGCAGGUCUCCUACGACGGGAAUCCCCGUUUCGACGUUCCUCGGCCGACCAGCAACUUCGCGGGUUAUUAAACGUGGUGCCGAGAUCGAGGGGUUGCGAACGAUCUUACCACACGUUUGUCUUGCGAUACUUAUUGUUAGUUGUUCACCGUGCUGUCCCUCUGCCUCCAUUUGUUGCCGCUAACUAGUUGAAUUGUCAUCUGGAUCAUUGAGAGUUCUUCCUCUUGGUGUCAUUUCAGGUCAUUGUUUGUUUAAAUUCAAAGGUGAUGCUAGUUGAGACUACAGAGCUUUUCUUCACACUGAGAAAAAUAUGAUUUGAUGAGAAAAGAAGAAACUUUGAGCACGAAGAGAACUUGAGAAAGAAGAAAAUUAGCACUAUCUUUAUAAUUUUGUUCAUUAAAAAUGAAUGAAAGGAAUUUUGUUAAAUCAGAAAUGUUUAAACCGCAGAUGGCACUUAUUUGAUAUUCCCAGCCAGUGUAAAUUCUAGUUAUAAGUAACAAAAGAUCUUAGACCAGAGUAUAUAUUAUUCUUCAAUUAGAUGUGUCCAAUGGACAUGGAUAUAGGAGAAAAUAAAAUGAAAAAAAAAUUAAUACA